GCCUCGUCGGCGAUCCGGCAAGCUUUCUCCUUUCCGGUGUCGUCCUCCAGCCUUCCAGAGUGGCGGCGGGUGCACCGGCGGCGACGACUGGGACAUCACGGUCGGAAGCUACGGGCGGCCGCCGGCGAGGAGAAGGGCUGACAGGUUUAUCCUUCCUGGCAUCGAGAAGAGGAAAUGGUGGUGAUCGAGCCGGAGCCUGAGGCCGAGGAGACGCAGGGCUCCUCGUCCCCGCUGGGAUCCACGGUCGGCGUGGAGGCGGCAAGUGCGGAGGCGCACGAGGAAGCCUUCGAAGACGCGCUCACUGACGAGCAGAUGCGCGAGAAAGCUAGAAUCCAAGCAAAUGGUGCAAAAUCUGAAGGAAACAAGCUUUUUGCUGCUGGACAAUACAAUGAUGCACUAUCCCAAUAUGAGACUGCGUUGCAAAUCGCCACUGAGCUGGAAUCUGCCGAAGAUAUAUGCUCUGCAUGCUAUUCAAAUCGUGCUGUAUGCUUCUUGAAGCUGGGGAAAUAUGACGAAACAAUUAAAGAAUGCACGAAAGCACUUGAUCUGAAUCCUUCAUACUUGAAAGCCUUGCUCCGGAGGGGAGAAGCACAUGAGAAGCUCGAACACUAUGAUGAAGCUAUUGCUGAUAUGAAAAGAGUCAUUGAAGUAGAUCCUGCAAAUGAACAAGCUAAGAGAUCACUGUUCAGGCUGGAGCCACUAGCUGCUGAGAAAAGGGAAAAGAUGAAGGAAGAAAUGAUGGCGAAGCUAAAAGACUUGGGGAACUCUGUGCUGGGGCGCUUUGGGAUGAGCGUGGACAAUUUCAAAGCUGUUAAAGAUCCCAACACAGGCUCAUACUCCAUGUCUUUCCAGAAAUAACAUGUGGUGAUGAUUCAUACAGGAUACAGAUGGAUACGGCUGUGCAGACUGAGUCUUUGGGAUCCCUUGAGUACUUUAUAUUGGGGGUUUAUGGAGGAGCAUGGACACGAGCAAUCCUGUUUUUUUACGCCCAUUUGCUCCAUUUGCUGAUCUGGGAUUCUUUAGUGUAGGAAGUUGCUAUAUGUUCAGGUGUAAUAGAAAUGUUUCUUUGUCAUUAAAGUUUUCCUUUAACUUUGACCAAACUUUUUGUAUUUGCGUCAUGCGCAGAUUGUUUCGGAAAUUUGUUAAGCUUUGAAACAUGCUUAUAUUUUGUUUUGUAAAAUAAAGGGUACAAAGACAUCCUGGUAUGAUGUUCUGCACAA